GGAAGAAACCAUCAUUAAUGAUUCAAGAAGAAAGAUUGACUUCUGUAUAAGAACUGAGGGUGACACGAAAGAGUUUUACCACUCGGACAGCAACAAUGCUUUAGAAGAAACGUCAAUAUUUGGAUUACAAUUUGCACAGAUAUCACGCAUUAUAUAUAUGUUUACAUCUCUAAUUAUCACAUAUGUUGUAGCUUUGGAAGGUCAACUAAUUGGAGUUGAUUAA